UGGGUAUGCAGAUGCUAAGCGUUGAUGGGGCCAACUCAGUGGAUGUGAGCUUUCUGCUGUCGAUAAACUCGUGGUCGUCUUGACAAAAAUUGUUAAGGUCCUGGAUUUGGCAUAAGUGAGAGCUGCAUUGAAGUUGACAUAGACUACAAGGCAGUCAUCGUAGCUAAACCGCAUCGGCGUUGAGAACAGCGCAUAUCUAGCAGGAGACAUUCCGUUGAAAGGAAUGGAGUACAGUUACGAUGUUGAUCUGGAAGAGUUAUGUCCUGUUUGUGGAGACAAGGUGUCCGGAUACCACUACGGACUACUGACCUGCGAGAGCUGCAAGGGAUUUUUCAAAAGGACGGUUCAGAAUAACAAGCGGUACACUUGUGCAGAAAGCCAGGACUGUAAAAUAGACAAAACACAGAGGAAAAGGUGUCCAUUUUGUCGAUUCCAGAAAUGCCUCAGCGUUGGAAUGCGAUUAGAAGCUGUCCGCGCGGACCGGAUGCGCGGGGGCCGGAACAAGUUUGGCCCUAUGUACAAACGGGACAGAGCCUUAAAGCAGCAGAAGAAAGCUUUGAUACGAGCCAGCGGCCUCAAGAUGGAGUCCACCCCGCCGUUAGUUUCCCCCACGCAGACGGACUAUAGCUUCUCCGGCAGCCUCCAGGGGUUGCCGCCAGUUCCCAAGAACAUCAUGCCCGCCACCUCAAACACCACCACACCCACAGACUAUGACCGCAGCUUGUAUGGUCACGCAUCGCUGGGCAUGACCAUGCCCACGCACGGGCCCUUACUGAGCCAGUACCAGUAUACCUCCUUCCCUAGUCGAUCUAUCAAGUCCGAGUACCCAGAUCACUACACAAGCUCCCCGGACUCUGUGGUCGGGUACACGUACCCGGAGCAGGCAUACCCAACCGGGUCACCUCAGCAGGGUUGCGUGCCACCCUUGGUUCUGGAGUUCCUGCGUUGCGACCCAGACGAGGGCCAAGUGCAGAGCAAGAUCGUGGCCCAUCUGCAGCAGGAGCAGAACAGCCGGGGGAAACACGACAAGCUCAGCACCUUCUGCCUCAUGUGCCACAUGGCGGACCAGACGCUCUUCUCCAUCGUGGAGUGGGCCCGGAGCUGCAUCUUCUUCAAAGAGCUCAAGGUUGGGGACCAGAUGAAGCUGCUGCAUAACUGCUGGAGCGAGCUGCUGGUGCUGGACUACGUCUCCAGGCAGGUGCAGUACGGCAAAGAGGACAGCGUGCUGCUGGUCACCGGGCAAGAGGUUCAGAUAGCGCACAUCGCGGCCCAGGCGGGCGCUACCCUCACCAGCCUGGUGCAGAGGGGGCAGGAGCUGGUGGGCAAGCUGCAGGCCCUGCAGGUGGACCGCCGAGAGAUCGCCUGCCUCAAGUUCCUCAUCCUCUUCAACCCUGACGUGAAGCUGCUGGAGAACCAGCCGUACGUGGAGGGCGUGCAGGAGCAGGUGAACGCGGCGCUGCUGGAGUACACGCUGUGCAGCUACCCGCAGUACCUGGACAAGUUCAGCCAGCUGCUGCUGCGCCUGCCCGAGCUGCGGGGGCUGAGCACCCAGGCGGAGGACUACCUCUGCUACAAGCACCUGAGCGGAGAGGUGCCCUGCAACAACCUGCUCGUCGAGAUGCUCCACGCCAAGAGGGCGUGUGUUUGAAGGACACUGUCCCAGACCCAGACGAAACAUCCAACCUCACCCCAACAACUAACCCCUGUCCGACCCGACGCUCAAUAUAAAUGCCCCCUUAAACAGAGUCCUCAUUCACAACCUCACCAUCUACCGCACCAUACUGUGAAGGAGAGUGAGAGAGAGAGAGAGAGAGAGAGAGAGAGAGAGAGCUUGAUGGACAGAGAGAGCGAGUGAGUGA